AUGGCAGACCAGCUGAGCAAGUCCCCCUCUGCAACAGGCAAAUCUCUAGAUUAUACAGAAGAUGCCGUUUGGCAGGCCGAGCAAUCACAGCUAUACACGCGAACUCAACACGCGCUCGGCUUCUGGGAAGCUGUCAGACUGUAUAGGCCAGCCGUCCUGUGGUCCAUCGUGAUCAACGUCGCUGUCGUCCUCAAAGGCUUCGAUGGCGCUCUUGUUGGCAGUAUUGUCGGACUAGAACCCUUCAAGAGGCAAUUCGGCUACCUGUACAAUGACGAAUAUGUUGUGAGCGCCGCCUGGAACGGUGCGUUCAAUUAUGCCAACAGUAUCGGUGGUGUCGUUGGCGCGCUUCUUUCUGGUUGGGUGUACGACCGCUUCGGACCAAAGGUUACUCUCACUGCUUGUUCUGUGCUGUCCAUUGCCUAUAUCUUCAUGGAGUUUUUCGCUACAACACCUGUUGUUCUAUUCCUCGGCGAACUCUUCAACGGCACAGUUAUAGCUUUCUACCCGAUUAUCGCCUCUGCCUACAUUGGUGAAGUUUGCCCGCUCGUCCUCCGUGGCGUGGCAGGGUCAAUGGUGAAUCUCGGUUUCGUAGUGGGCCAACUAAUUGCUUCCGGCGAACUGAAGGGAACAAAUACACUUUCGUCGCAAUGGGCGUACCGCAUCCCCUACGCCUCGCAAUGGGCCCCGGCCUUGCUCAUCUUGGCCUUUGUGGUCUUCUGUCCCAACUCCCCCUGGUGGCUCACCCGUAAAGGCCAAAUCGAGGACGCAAAAGAAGCUCUCAUGCGCUUCACCUCCUCUUCAUCAAAAGUUGACAUCACGCCGACCCUUGCCAACAUCCAGCACACCCUUCGCCUCGAGGCAGAACUGACCAAACACCAUAACUACCUCGACUGUUUCCGUGGGCCUAAUCUCCGCCGGCUGAUAAUCGCCGUUAUGGUGUAUAGCAUCCAGCCGCUCUCUGGUCAAGUUCUGUACGUCAACUACGCCGUGCAAUUCUUUCAGCGUGCCGGACUGAACUCCUCGGACGCCUUCUCCAUGAACGUCGGCCUCACAGCGAUAGGAUUCAUAGGUACGAUUGUUUCGUGGCCGCUCAUUUCGAAACUCGGCCGUCGUCCCCUAUACAUCUGGGGCACACUCGCUAUCGCGCUGUUGUUGUUUUUAAUUGGCAUCCUCGACGUCAUUCCGCAAGCCCGCUCGAGCUCAGACAAUACAGCACCCAUCUGGGCACAAUGCUCUCUAAUCCUGGUCUGUCUGUUUACCUACGACAUAACAAUCGGGCCGGCAUGCUUCACUAUCCUAACCGAAAUCCCGUCUGUGCAAUUACGCGGAAUGACAAUCGGACUUGCGACGGUGAGCUGCCACAUCUGGAAUAUCAUCUUCGGGGUAAGCAUCCCGUAUGCGAUUGACCAAGACCAGGGCAAUUGGAGGGGGAAGGUGGGAUUCCUCUUUGCAGGGAUUGCGACUAUGUGUAGUGCAUGGUGUUGGCUAUGUUUGCCGGAGACGAGGGGAAGGACGUUUGAGGAAUUGGAUAUUCUGUUUGAGAAGGGGGUCGAUAGUAGACGUUUUGGCGAAUAUGUGCUGGGAGAUCAAGAGGGAGAGACCGUUCAUGUGUGA